AUGUUUUCCACUGCAUUUCUUCUAUCAGCAGGGCUGCUGCUUGCCUCAUUACCUUCCGUUGCCAAUGCUUCUUUGAGCUCUCACUUCCACAGGGAUGCACCAUGGAACAAUCGGCUGGCGAAACGGACAUACUACCCUGCUCCAGCGACCGAUUACUACACCAUCAAGACGCCGACCAAUGUCACGAUCCGAUACAAAACUCCUGGCGAGGACGGUGUCUGUGAAACAACUCCAGGCGUGGGCAGUUACUCUGGAUAUGUGGAUCUGAGCGAGGAUGUCCACAUUUUCUUCUGGUUCUUUGAAUCACGCCGUGACCCAGCACGGGAUGACUUCACUCUGUGGUUGAAUGGCGGGCCUGGUAGCGACAGUCUUAUUGGUCUUUUCGAAGAACUUGGCCCAUGCCGGAUUAAUGAGAACCUGACGACAGUCAUAAACCCAUACUCGUGGAAUAACGUCUCCAACAUGCUCUUCCUGAGCCAGCCCGUGGGAGUCAGCUUUUCGUACCAAGCGAUAACCAACGGCAGCCUUGGCAACUCUACCGGAGGCUUCCUCAAUUCUUCGCAGGCUGACCAAACAGGCACGUGGAGCACGUUAGUGCCAGAUAAUGAAGGCGAAAUCGAUACCACAGAUCUUGCGGCCAUUGCAGCUUGGGAGGCGCUUCAAGGAUUCCUCGAGGCUCUCCCACAGCUUCACGCCAACCGGGCCUGGCAACCACGCAAAUUCAAUCUCUGGACUGAGUCGUACGGUGGACACUACGGACCGGCUUUCUUCGACUACUUCUAUAAGCAAAACGAGAAGAUCCAAAACGGAUCCAUGCCGGGCUACGCAAUGGAGUUCAACAGUCUGGGCCUCAUCAACGCCAUCAUCUCCGAAACCGUCCAAGCAGAACACUACCCCGAGUUCGCCGUCAACAACACCUACGGCAUCAAAGCCUACAACGACACCGUCUACAGCUACGCCAAAUUCGCCACCCACAUGGUCGGCGGCUGCCUUUCUCAAAUACAAUCGUGCAUCCGCGCCGCCCAGGACAUCAAAGGGGGUUACGUCAAGGGCAAGAUCACUCCUGUCGCCACUGGAUUUCAAGCCAUUGCAGCCGUUUGUGCCGAGGCCGCCAACAUGUGCAGAGACAAUGUCGAGAGCAUGUAUUACAAUUAUGGAGAUCGAGGGACGUACGAUAUCCGCCAUCCCAGCAAUGAUCCGACUCCACCAUCAUACUAUGAAGACUACCUCAACCAAGCCCACAUCCAGAAGGCUCUGGGCGUCAGUGUCAAUUACACAGGAAGUAACAGCGACAUCUACUAUUUAUUCCAGCAGACCGGUGACUUCAUCUAUCCCAACUUCAUCCAAGACUUGCAGGACAUCAUCGCGAGUGGUGUGAGAGUGGCAUUGGCGUACGGUGAUGCUGAUUACAUCUGCAACUGGUUCGGCGGCCAAGCCGUCUCUCUCGCCCUCAACCACACCCACAAAGCCGAAUUCCUCGCCGCAGGAUACGAACCAAUGCUAUACAACGGAACAGAAUACGGCGAAACCCGCGAACGCGGCAACCUCUCCUUCACCCGCAUCUACGAAUCCGGCCAUGAAGUUCCCUACUACCAGCCUCAAGCCGCACUGGCACACUUCCAGCGGGUGAUCGAAGGGCUGGAUAUCCCAGAAGGAAAGGAGAGAGUUACGGCGAACUUGACGAGUAAUGGGCCGCUGAACGCGACGCAUACGAAUGCGUACGUGAGCUUGCCGCCGACGGAGUCGAGUAAGCUGGCGAGUUGGAGUAGCAGUAUCGUGGCGAGCUAUGAUGCGCUGGAUGUGUUGCCGCCGCCGACAGAGACGCCGACGCCUGCAUGA